AUGGAGGGGUUCAGUGAAAAGCUUUUCUGCUGCAGGUGGUUGCGCCACAGGGUUCCCCUGGCCCACAGAGAGGAACUGUACCACAUCCUGAAGAUGACAGGGCCUCUGCUGCUCUCUCGAAUCCUAAAUUAUCUGCUUCCAUUUGUGGUUACAAUGUUCUGUGGGCGAUUGGGAAAUGAAGUUAUGGCUGGCUAUGGAUUAGCUUCUGCUACCAUUAAUAUUACCACUGCAGCUACAGGAUGUGGUCUGGCACUGGCAUGCGAUACUUUGGUGUCUCAGACAUUUGGUGGUAAGAACCUGCUGCGGGUGGGAGUGAUCCUUCAGCGGGGCAUCAUCAUCCUGCUGUUGUUCUGUCUGCCCUGCUGGGCUCUGCUCAUUAAUGCCCAGGCCGUCCUGUUAUGCCUGGGCCAGGACCCUGAGGUGGCCAGAAUAGCCCAGCUGUAUAUAACAGGCUUCCUUCCUGCAGUACCAGCAAUGUUUCUACAACAUCUCCAGGUGUCUUACCUGCAGAACCAGGGUAUAAUACUGCCACAAAUGUACACUGCUGCCAUGGCAAACAUAGCAAACGUGAUGACGAACUACAUCUUUCUUUACUGGCUGGAUCUGGGUGUUAGCGGAUCUGCAGCAGCCAACACUCUGUCUCAGAUUUACAUCUGCACUUUUCUGUUUGCUUACAUUUGGUGGAAGAAGCUCCAUGUAAAGACAUGGGGAGGCUGGUCUGUAGAAUCACUGCAGGAGUGGGGCUCCUACAUGAAACUGGCCAUUCCCAGUACAUUAAUGAAGUGCUUUGAGUGGUGGGUUUAUGAGUUUGGUGGAUUUGUUGCAGGAAUGCUGAGUGAAGAUGAGCUGGCAGCCCAACAUGCUGUGAUGAUGGUGGCUUUCAUAACAUACAUGUUCCCUCUUGGUAUUCAAGCUGCAGCAUGUGCCCGAGUGGGUAAUGCUCUCGGUGCAGGAGACACUGCCAGGGCGAUCCUCACCAGCAAGAUGUCAUUAGCGCUUGCAGGUAGCAUUGCCGUUGUUGAAGGUAUUGUGCUUGGCACUACUAAAUCAGUGAUUGGCUUCAUCUUCACCUCUGAUGGGAAGAUCAUAGGUCUGGUCUCACACUUGAUGAAUGCUCACUGUUUCCUUCAGUUCUUUGAUGCUCUUGUGUGUGUGUGCACAGGCAUCUUCUUGGGCACGGGCAAACAGAAGAUACCAGCUCUGGCCAAUUUCAUUGGAUACUACUGCAUAGGACUUUCACUGAGCGUUACUUUAACGUUUGUUGCAAAACUGAGAAUUUUAGGUUUUUGGCUGGGAUUGCUCGUUUGUGUCAUUUUACAAUCCACCUUCUACAUCAUUUUCAUCUUCAAUAUGAACUGGGAGAGAAUGACAGAGGAGGCUGUUAACCGAGCACAGAUCAACACGCCUAUGACAGCUGCCCUGUCAGACGCUUUGUGUAACAACACUGCUGACCAGACAGCGAGUAAUGGGAAUUCAGUUGAAGGCUAUGAGUCUGUGAGCGCCGAGUGCCAUGAUGGGAAGACGGAGACACAGGGGGGACAUGUUGUCCAGCAGCUGAAGGGUUGUCGUCUCUCCACUACCCAGCUGAUCCUCAGGCGAGGCCUCACUAUGUUUGCAGCAGUUGCACUUCUGGCUGUGGGAGCAAGUGUGCACUUCCUUGUGCCUUUGCCAGAAACCCUGCCUUCAGAGGCCAACUUUACUUUGGACUGGAUCAAUACGACGUAUACUCCUGAUCAGAUUUUUACCACUGUCUUUAAUUCGACUUAUUCUCUUUGACAGACUGGGCUGUGAGACGAAAACUGGAAGAUUGGCUGUGAAACUCUCGUGAAUUAAUGGUUUGAGAGUAAUAUUAAUGAGGUUACUGUUAUUCAUUGAUCAUACACCGUUUCCCUUUCUGUGCUUUCUGCCCAUCUGCACCUAUGCCUUUCUUCUGCAGGUCCUGCUUUGACAUAGUGCUAUGCAAACAUCUGCACCAUAUUGUGCACUGGUGCCUAAGGAGUUGCUUCACUGAAUGCAAUAACCGCUGCUCAUGCUCAUGUCCCCAAGUUAGUGAUCAGCAGGUUUAUAAUGAUUCCAGCAGCCAGGAUGAAUAGCAUGACAGCCAGAGCAAGGCCUCUACGCAGAACCAGAGUCCUGUGAGAGAGCUCCACCACCACCGUUUGAACUGCUGGUCCUGCAUCAGUGUCAACCAGGUCCAUGGUGUCGGUUUCUUCCUGAAAGUUCUCUGGAUCAUCUCCCUGGGGACCUGGAUAUACAAAUGUGAC